CAUUUCGAUAUUUACGCUGUGGUGAGUGGAAUGUGUUUCUCUGGUUACUUUACUAGAUAAUGCACAAUAUCUGCCACUAAAGGGAGGAAAAAUUGAGAAGGAAAGAAAAAAAAAAAAAAAGUUCCUGCAGAAAUGGCAUAAGGAGGGGAAAAACAGAAGGCUGAUAGGACAGGGCUGUGCUUUAUCCUGGGUUCAUCAGCAUCAAAAGGAGCACCUGCAGCCUUGGGUGUGGCAGCACUGUGGAGGUGAUAAAGGGUGUUUGGGGAGCAGGGUGCUGUAGUAUCUCUGGGUUUGGUGGUUUGGGUUCUACCUGGGUCUUGCUGCUGUGAUGUCAGAGCCAGCUUGGAACUGAGCUAGCUCAGUGUUAUGCCUGCAGAGUGCCGGAUCAGAUCUAGGCUAUAGCUGAGGAUUGCCUUGAGCUUCAGCAGCUGCUGGGGCUGAUCCAGACCCUUCAACGCCAAACCUGCAACAACGCACCUGUGAUGCCCCCUCCUCUUUGCAGAUGGAUCCUCGCCCUCAGGAAGCAGAUAGUCGGCACACAAAGCUAGUCCCAGAUUUGAGCGACGGUAAGGCACCCUAAUGAGUGAACCUCGGGAGCGCUAUGGAUUUGACUAAGAUGGGCAUGAUACAGCUCCAGAACCCCUGCCACCCCACGGGGCUGCUGCACAAAGCCAACCAGAUGCGCCUGGCGGGGACGCUGUGCGACGUGGUCAUCAUGGUGGACAGCCAGGAGUUCCACGCUCACAGGACAGUGUUAGCUUGCACUAGUAAAAUGUUUGAGAUCCUCUUCCACCGCAACAGUCAGCAUUACACCCUGGACUUCCUUUCACCAAAGACUUUCCAGCAGAUUCUGGAGUAUGCUUACACAGCCACCCUCCAGGCAAAGGUUGAAGACUUGGAUGACCUGCUCUAUGCAGCUGAGAUCCUAGAAAUAGAGUAUCUAGAAGAGCAGUGCCUGAAGAUCUUGGAGACCAUCCAGGCAUCUGAUGACAACGAUGCCGAAGUCACCAUGACGGAUGGAGGUGCCGAUGAAGAGGAGGACAGGAAAUCGAGGUACAUCAAGGGGCUCUUCAUCUCCAAGCAUUCCAGCGAGGAGAGCGGCUACGCCAGCACAGCUGGGCAGAGCGGACCGGGCACUAUGGUGGAGCAGAGCCCCUCGGUCUCCACAUCCUUUGGCCUCUCCGCCAUGAGCCCCACCAAGGCAGCAGUGGACAGCCUGAUGAGCAUUGGGCAGUCACUGCUGCAGGGUGCCCUGCAGCACAACGUCCCCGAGGAGCCGCACGCUGCCGGCCGCCACCCCGGCCCCAGCGAAGUCAAAACCGAAGUGAUGCAGGUGGAAGAUGCCUCCAGCCACGAGAGCCCACGGCCGGCGGAGUCGGGUGCUUCCAGUGGGGAGAAAUCUGAUGACAAGAGCAAGGAAGACCCCGGCACCCCGACCCGCAGUAGUGUUAUCACAAGUGCCCGCGAACUGCACUAUGUCCGCGAUGAGAGCGCAGAGCAGCCUCCCGAGGCCGCCCAGGGGAUGCUGGUGGGGCCAGAGCAGUCUGCAGCUGCAAGCGAGAAGCCUUUGGGUGUCUACUCCGUGCUCCCCAACCACAAAAGUGACUCUGUGCUCAGCAUGCCGCCCUCCAUGACAUCCACUCUUCACAUGCAGCCAGCCCUGGCCGUGUCCAUGGACUUCAGCGCUUACGGAGGGCUCCUGCCCCAGGGCUUUAUUCAGAGGGAGCUGUUCAGUAAGCUCGGGGAGUUGGCAGCCGGCAUGAAAACAGAGGGCAGAGCCGUGGGCGAGCAGUGCAGUGUGUGUGGGGCAGAGCUCCCAGACAACGAGACCGUCGAACAGCACCGGAAGCUGCACAGCGGUAUGAAGACGUACGGAUGCGAGUUGUGUGGGAAGAGGUUUCUGGACAGCUUGCGGCUGCGAAUGCACUUACUGGCACACUCAGCGGGUGCCAAAGCAUUUGUCUGUGAUCAGUGCGGUGCGCAAUUCUCAAAAGAAGAUGCCCUGGAGACACACAGGCAGACACAUACUGGUACAGACAUGGCUGUCUUCUGCCUGCUCUGCGGCAAGCGCUUCCAGACGCAGACUGCCCUGCAGCAGCACAUGGAGGUGCACGCCGGGGUGCGCAGCUACAUCUGCAGCGAGUGCAACCGCACCUUCCCCAGCCACACUGCCCUCAAGAGGCACCUGAGAUCCCACACAGGUGACCACCCUUAUGAAUGCGAGUUCUGCGGCAGCUGCUUCCGGGACGAGAGCACGCUGAAGGGCCACAAACGCAUCCACACUGGGGAGAAGCCCUAUGAGUGCAACGGCUGCGGCAAGAAGUUCAGCCUGAAGCACCAGCUGGAGACGCACUACCGCGUGCACACGGGUGAGAAGCCCUUUGAGUGCAAGCUGUGCCACCAGCGCUCCCGGGAUUAUUCGGCCAUGAUCAAACACCUUCGGACCCACAAUGGCGCUUCCCCAUACCAGUGCACCAUCUGCCUGGAGUACUGCCCCAGCCUCUCCACCAUGCAGAAGCACAUGAAGGGCCACAAGCCGGAGGAGAUCCCCACCGACUGGAGGAUAGAGAAGACUUAUCUCUACCUCUGCUACGUCUGAGGGACACGGAGGGGAUGCGGGGCUGAGUCGUGGAGGACUGGGCAAAAAAAAAAAGCAUCGUCCAUGGCCUUUUGUUUCCAUUUUUCGUUUGUUGCUGGAAGGAUCCCUCACUGGGGUUGAGGAUGGGGAGGUGCAGGCACGUGGUGCUCACUGUGCUUGCAGCAUGGAGGUCCCAUGCUGGGAAUGCUGGGGGGCUGUGAUCCGCCCUUCCCACCCACGGCCCC